UUGAACUCGCAGCACGCUCUACAUUCCGCAGUAAAAGCAGUUUGUAUUGUUCCUGCUUGGCCCGGAAUCUCGUGAGCAGAAUGUAUACGCUAACACUUGCCUUUGCUUUUGUAUGUCUCAUCAGGUCUAGUUACGGUUCAGAUCUCCCAGGCAUUUUCAAUUGCUCACUGCAGGAGUAUCACUGCAACAUAAGGAAAUGUACUACUCUGUUUUAUAAAGAUCUUCAGAAAGAUCCCACUGCCGCUAACUGCGGCGUGCAGUUCCAUAUAGCGGCCGCGUGCAUUAGAAAGGUUUACAACGGUUGCGUGAAAAAUGCUCUCAAUCAGAGUGAGGCUGCAGCUAUACUCGAUCAAUUUGUCACAGAAAGCUCUUUAUGUAUCGAGGGUCCUCUAGAUCUUCUUGGCAACCCUAGAAGGUUUGCCUCUCAAGUGAAUUUGACGUGUAACGACGCCUACAAUCAGGGAGCUCCUCUGUGUGGAAAGACUCUUAAGGAGAUGUUGCUAACCGAGCGGACACGUCACUCUGUAGUGAAUACGCCAAAGCAAAGAAGUGUGUCAGAGAUCUGUUAACCGCUCAAUGCACGUUUACCUCUCAGGACGGAGAAGCUUUCGAUUUUCAGUAUGAUGACUACAAUCCAUUCUGUGCCAACAACCGGGACCCUGGGGCAACCGGAAGUACCCAGUGCAGCGAUUUCCUGCUUGAUCCUACCCCGACUGCUUCCCCGACCGUAAUCCAUUGUAGUAAGAGUGAAGUCACUUCCGUGAAGCAAUUUACUUUGCUCUUUUCAGUUGCAGUGUGCUUUUUUCUCACGUAAGUAAGAUAAUGGUGCUCCACUCCCAAGUAAGGUUAGAUUAAGGGCACGUCUCUACCUCACGUUUAAGCGCGCUGCUGUUUUGACAAUGUAUUAAAUCAAUAGAUUAUCAAGGUAAUCUCUUGAUUAAAUAAAAAGUAACGUUUAAAAUAUAUUAAAAAGGUAUCAGUAAAUGUAAUUAAUAGCUAUAAAACGCGCUCAUAAAAAUUAAAUGCAAACGUGGGUGUACAUACAAGAUGACUCAGCUCAAAGAUGUUGUCAGCGCUUAGCCAGUACUUUUCGCUGGAAAUAAAAUUGCUGCAAUACACAAAGUGUUUGUUGUUUGAAUCGAUUAGACGAUGUUCGAAAUGUUAGGUUACACGUGAUGUGUAACCUAACGAGGAGGUUAUGUAUUAUAAAAUGCGCAAAAAAAAGUAACGAUAAGUUUGGUCGGAAUUAAAAGAGAAAAAAAACUUCCCGACUGGCCAGAAACAAUGAUGAAUUCACUAAGUGACGUAAAAACCUAAAAAAGAAUAUUUUUGUCCAGAUUUAAUUACAAACGAUAUAAUCUCCUGACGUU